UUUACAUAGGAUCAGCAGUCGAUAAUAAUUCAUAUAUAUAUAUACAAAUCGACAAGAGUCAUAUAUAGUUAAAUGCGUAUACAAACAUAUCAUCUAGUCUACAAACAUCAGGUUAGUCAGUCAGUGGCAAGAAAAAAUGGCGGAUGUCGAGUUGAACGUCGACAACCUGAUACAAAGAUUGUUGGAAGUAUACCACACGCAGAAAGACCAGGUUCAGAAGAAAGCCAAGCUAAAAGAUAUUUUCUCGUCGGAUUUUGUCGUCCGAGGAUGCCGACCAGGAAAGACCGUCUUAAUGUCAGAGGGAGAGGUGCGUGGCCUUUGUCUCAAGUCACGGGAAAUUUUCCUGCAACAACCGAUCCUGCUUGAAUUGGAGGCGCCACUUAAGAUCUGCGGUGAUAUUCACGGCCAAUACACUGACUUGUUACGGCUAUUUGAAUAUGGCGGUUUCCCGCCAGAGGCGAACUACUUAUUUCUUGGUGAUUACGUAGACAGGGGCAAACAAUCGUUAGAGACGAUAUGCUUGUUGCUUGCCUACAAAAUCAAAUACCCGGAGAAUUUCUUCCUAUUGCGAGGUAAUCACGAAUGCGCAAGCAUAAACAGGAUAUACGGGUUCUACGACGAGUGCAAGAGGCGGUACAACAUUAAACUAUGGAAAACGUUCACCGAUUGCUUCAAUUGUCUUCCAAUCGCCGCGAUUAUCGACGAGAAGAUAUUUUGCUGUCAUGGAGGUCUCAGUCCAGAUCUUCAGAAUAUGGAACAAAUCAAAAGAAUUAUGCGUCCGACAGAUGUACCUGAUACUGGCCUUCUCUGUGAUUUGUUAUGGUCAGAUCCAGAUAAAGAAGUCCAGGGAUGGGGUGAAAAUGAUAGAGGUGUAUCUUUCACAUUUGGUCCAGAUGUAGUAUCGAAGUUUUUAAAUCGUCAUGAUAUGGACUUAAUAUGUAGAGCACAUCAAGUAGUCGAAGAUGGCUAUGAAUUUUUUGCAAAAAGACAGUUAGUUACCUUGUUUUCUGCGCCAAAUUAUUGCGGAGAAUUCGACAAUGCCGGAGGAAUGAUGAGCGUCGACGAAACUCUAAUGUGCAGUUUUCAGAUUUUGAAACCAUCAGAGAAGAAAGCUAAAUACCAGUACUUAAGUUUGAACACGGGUCAAGCUACCAGACCAUCUACACCACAAAGGAAUCCAGCCAAAAAGAAAUGACAGCCUUGUACUCGGUUUUUCCUUCAGUUAAGGAAGCUCGUCGAUAAGGCGACCAAAUUUUUGUUAAGGCGCGAACAUUAAGAGCAUAACAUUGUAUGAUAUGUUCUAUCACUAACUAGCGGUUAUGCCAAACAGAUGCAUAGCAAAGAAAAAAAACAAAAAAACAAAAAAAAAAACAAAAAAAUAAAAAAACAAAA